AUGUCUCUCCCUCUCUCUCUCCCUGUCUCAGCCCCUGGACAGCCUCCACUGAAUGUAAAGUGGACUCUUAUUGGCUCUGAGCUCACCCUGCAUUGGGACCCAGUUAUAGCUCUGGAGACCGAGUCAGAGGUCACAGGAUAUGUUGUGGUGUGCCGCAGACACCGCCACAACGAUGCCAAGGCCAUCACCACCGACCAAACCAUGGCCGAGCUGACCCUGGCAGCCAACGACAACUAUGUCAUUGAGAUCCGGGCGCUGAGCGAGGGGGGUGAGGGCGCAGGGAGCGAGCCCAUUCACAUCCAUAAACUGAGUAAGCUUCCUGGUCUUCACGCUUCCUCACCUUUCCUCCUCCCCCCACCCCCACCCCCACCCCCACCCAAUGCACCCAUGUCCUGCAAUGAUAAGCCUUUAAUGAUGAUUCAAUCAUCCAAAUUACUGUGCAUCUGUGCAUGGGUGCGCGGGGUUCAGGAGCAGCUCGACUCAGGAGCGGUCUCGCCCUCUCCCCUCUCAUCCUCGUGA